UUGAUGUCUAAUUGCAGGUACUACGAAAUAAACUGAUUUUAAAUAGCUAGAGCUAAUUAGCGUUCCUGGAGGUGAAGCUGGAGCCCAUUCGUCACAUGUGAACAUAACAACGUUACAAGGCUGGCAAGUUACUGCUCAUUCAAUUGAAGAUCCUCAUUUGACCUGCAGUAGUCAGCGUUAGACACUUCAAGUAAACAACUUGAAGUACUGUCGAAUUAAGACGGUCCUAUCAUACAAAUAACAACUACGAAUGUCAAUGCAAGUCCUACAGGAAGCGGGGCUGAGUCCCUCACUUACACAGCUAGACGACAGCUUUCAAGCUGCCGCCACUGGCUUAGGUGGUCUUAUGUCCACAAUGAGAAUUGAACACAUUGACUCUGCCAGGGAGACGAUGGUCUCAAUGGACGCGCUGUCCGCACGACAUCAGUUGCUUAUGGCGACCAGCGCAGCGUUUAUAGCGGCAGCUGAAAAGGCUGGAGAUACUGCCAAAGCCUCGACCUGCCGCACGAGGACAAAUGAGCUCUCGAAGCGAGAAAGCAAUCUUCAGGUUUCAUUAAAACAGAAGCUCUGCGAUCUAGUGGACCGAGUUACCACCAUGGAUGCCGCAUCACGAGAUGGAAGAGUUCGGUCUGCCAGUAUAAAAAACCUACCAAGGCCUGCCAUGGAACAGACGGCAGACAAUAAGGAACCAGAAGUUGCUCUGGCCCGACUUGCAAUGGAACGCAGCGACAUUGAUUCCGUACCCAUCAAGCUCGAAGCCGAGGAGAAAAAUGUUCAGGAUAGGAGCGAAUCGUGCAAAUCCAUUCGAGGGAGCAUUUCCCUACAAUCGGCCCAUUCUCGAGUAGGAGAUUGGGUCGCCACUCCAACGUCAGGGAUAAACGAAGAAGUAAGUGAGUUCGUGAAGAACUCAGACAGCGCUGCGCCCGCCAUCGCCAUGCGAGACGAAACUGCAGCGGAAACCGAAGUUGUACCUGUCAAUACAACGGAAGAAACGUGCCAUCAAUCCUCUAAGAUUCGUGCUCCUGAGGUCGUCAGUAGCCCCGUAACAGACCCCGUCCUGAGAUCCCUGCUCAUCGCCGAACUGAAGAAAGCUCCUAAGAACCCAUACGCAGGCGAGCUACUGCAGUUCCACCCCUGGCUUCAAAGCCUGUGCCAAAGGAUGGACGCGUUACAAGUGCAGCCCCUCGAUGCCAUAGAGGUAUUAGCCAGCCAUUCGACGGGUGCACCGCUUAAUAUAAUCAAGAUAUACUCGAUGGACAAGCUCGAUGGACAAGCCAAAUUGCAGCAUAUUCUCAACGUGCUCAAAGAAAGGUUCGGUUCGAGCCAAAUGAUUGCUGAUUAUUGGUAUGAUAAUCUUCUCCUAGCUCCGAAGAUUGGAGAUUCAGAUCUCAACAUGGUUCGGAAACUAAAAACUUUCGGCAAGUUAUGCCAAUCCGUGAGCGACGCCAUGGAGUUGGCUCCAGAUCUGCGCUUGCUGGACAUGUAUUUAGGGCUGAAACCGGUUAUACAAAAGCUGCCUGAUUUUGUAUUUUCUCUCUGGCUUACGAAGUGCUCGAAUUAUGAAAAAAGUUUUUUGCAGCACCCUAAAUUCCAAAUAUUCUGUGAUUUUAUCAAGAGCAUUUCAGACAGGCUGAGGGACGACUCCGAAAUCUUGUCUGACUCCGAACACUUGCCUUCUUCUCAUCCCAACACGAAGAUGACACGCGUACUACUAGAGAGUUCUGAAGCUCAUAGACCCUGCGCCUUCCAUCCUGCAAGUGCCCACGAGACGCUGGAAUGCUUUGCUGUGAAAAAGAUGGACUCUGCUACCCGGCGACGUUUCAUGCAAGAUAAGGGAUUAUGUUACCGCUGCCUGGGUCCACACCGCGCCGCGGUGUGCAGAGAGGUGGUAAAAUGUGACUCUUGCGGCAGUAGCAAACACCACACCCUCGCUCACUCCCGGCACGACGAACCAUCCAAUGCAAAUGUAAACGCAACACCAAGACCCAGUCAUCCGCGUGACUAUCCGCGCAGCAGACAAGAAGGGCGAAGCUUUAGUAAGGUUGUUCUUGCUGACGUUUACGACCCGCUUUCGGAACGCACUUGCCGAGUGUACGUGAUUAUUGCCGAACAAUGCAAUAUAUCCUUCUGCUCUCCCUCGCUCCUCGAUGAGUUUGGUAUCACUGGUCCGAGGCUUUCGUAUUCUUUGAGGACGUUAGCCCCCCCAAGUGGACCGAAAUCGGGCCGCUUCGUGAACAACCUUAUGAUCAAGGGUGUGACAGAAGAGAAGAGUUUCAAUCUGCCGCGGCUCAUCGAGAUCAAUAAUAUUCCCGACCUGAAGUACGAAGUGGCAACAAGGGAAAUUGUGGAGGAUCAUCCACGUAUUUCCUGCUACGCUAAGAAUUUCCUGCCACUGGACUCAAGAGCUGAGGUCGCCAUCAUACUAGGAGCCGACAGCAAUCACCUGUUGGCUAAAACUUUGAAAACCACCAAACCACCAUACGUGUAUCAGACGCCACUUGGCUGGGCCUUGGUCGGUGCGAUCAAGCACUUGGACCCCGUAUGUACGGACAUGGUCUCGCUUACAGUUCAUGCUACUGUGCAUUACGACUAGUCAUGUACUCAAUGUAGCGACCACUCACCCACUCAGUGAAUGUAGCAAUCACUCAGUUAGUUUAUUGCUCUAGAAAAACGUAUUUUUACAGCAAAAAAAUUCCCGAGAAUAGGAUCUGUCGCUUAACCCUCUACGGCAUGACAUGAGUAACCGGAGCAAUAUUGUCACAAUACUUCCCAAAAAGUGUACGUUCCAGUGAGCGUAAAAUGACUUGCGCUGAUGGUUGCCGCCACGUACGGCAAAUUUAAAAUGUUCUCUGUUGCGUAAA